AUGAGAAUCCUUGUCGGAGUGAAGAGAGUCGUCGACUAUGCUGUCAAGGUAACCCCUCCGUCCCAUCUGUUCCGCCCUUUGAACCUCUUCUUCUCUCAGAUUCGCGUCAAGCCAGACAGAUCGGGCGUCGUGACGGAAGGAGUGCAGCACAGUAUGAAUCCUUUCGACGAGAUCGCCCUCGAAGAAGCCGUGAAGCUGAAAGAGAAGAAGCUCGCCACGGAGGUCGUCGCCUUCUCGCUCGGAGGACCGAAAUCGGCCGAAGUGCUCAGAACCGCACUGGCCAAAGGAGCCGACAAAGCUAUCCACGUGCAGGUGACGGACGCAGAAGCCGGGAAUCUAGAGUCGUUUCACGUGGCGAAGGCGUUGCAAAAGAUCGUGGAACAGGAGAAGUUUGACGCCGUCUUCCUUGGGAAGCAAGCGAUCGACGACGACUCCUCGCAGACUGCUCCUUUGCUCGCCGGUCUGCUCGAAUGGCCGCAGGCUCUGUAUGCUUCGAAAGUCGAAGACGCAGGUUCCGGACAUCUGAAAGUGACGAGGGAAAUCGACGGAGGACUCGAUACCAUCAAGGUGAACUGACUGUCUAGUGUACUUAAAUGAGAACCGGACGAUUUCAGGUGAAGACUCCUUUCGUAUUGUCGGCUGACCUUAGGCUCAAUGAGCCUCGCUACGCCACUCUUCCGAACAUUAUGAAAGCGAAGAAGAAGCCGCUGAAGAACAUUCCCGUCAAGGAUUUGGGAGUUGAUCUGGUCGCUCAGGCAGAGACUCUCGAAGUGACCGAACCACCCGUUCGUCAGGCCGGAGGAUUCGUGGAGGACGUGGAUGCGCUCGUUUCCAAACUGAAGGAAAAGGGAUUCGUCAAGGCCUGA